AUGACUUUGUCUGACCUCCAUAGACUUCAUCCCGCCAAAUUCCUGGCCGAGGACGCACACUCGGAGCCAUCUACAUCACCCUAUCUGCUGAUACUCAAUCAGCCCAUUGCUGACUUCGCGGCCUUCUCGCGACUAUGGCAGCACUCUGGCUUUCGGGUAUGUGCGGAUGGGGGCGCCAACAGGCUUUACGACAUGUUUGGCGGAGAUCUGGAAACACUUAGAGAGCAAUAUCUACCUGAUCUUGUGCACGGUGAUCUAGACUCGUUACGGGACAAUGUACGCGACUACUACGCAUCGCACAAUGUCCAAGUGUCGCGAGAUCCUGACCAGUACAGCACAGACUUUGGCAAGACGAUGCAGAAGAUAUCGUCUAGAGUAUCAUCGACUUCAUCGCGGAAUGUCCUUGUGCUCGGCACGCUUGGGGGCAGAGUCGAUCAGGGACUUGGCUUGUUGCACGAGAUGAUUAGGGAAGAGACCAAGUAUCCACAACUACGACUCUGGCUCUUCUCCGAGUCCAGUGUUUCUUUCAUCCUGAGAAGUCAACGGAACAUCAUCGGUGGGCUACAGUCGAGCCAAGUGUUUACGGAAAACGUGGGCAUUGUGCCUUUUUAUGGUCCUGCAGUCAUUACUACGGCUGGACUGGAGUGGGAUGUCAAGGACUGGGAUACGAGAAUCGGUGGGCAGGUUAGCACGAGUAAUCAUGUCAAGGCGGACGAGGUUCAGGUUGAAACGAGUGCGCCAGUGUUGUUCACAAUCGAGAGGGCGAAAUUCGAGUCGGAAGGGUCGGGCAGGGUAUUGGGCCGAUAG